AUGUCUUCCCUUCAAAUUCAACCACUUCAAUUGGAUCCAAAUGGCUUCAGAAUCAACUGCUGUUCGUUCCAGCAGGACGCCUUGAUUACCGCGGGCCAGUACCAGUAUGUGGCGUUGUACGUGCCCCAGCCUCGUGGUGGUGGUGGUGGCGAUCCCACCGGCCCCCGAGUAACUUGUAUAGGCAGAAAGCCCGUGAACGGUGCCGACUGGGAAUUCAUAUAUUUUGACGACUAUAUCCAAACCAAAGACGAUGGCCAUAAUGUUAUAUCCAUGGGAAUCAGUGGAGAUGGGAUUAUACAUUUGGCCUGGGAUAUGCAUGGAGACGAGAUCCACUAUCGAUGCUCAGUAGCGGGACUCGCGCCCGCUCGGGUCACGACAACGGAAACUGCUUGGACGGUGGAUUCAUUUUCAAGUGUAAUGAACUAUCUCCCAUCAGAUACAACGAAUUUUACCUUUAGCGAAAUCACAUAUCCCCGUUUUCAGACAGUGGAUAACGGUGAUGUGCUUUUGGAGUUUAGAGAUGGCAGAUCGGGGUUGGGUGAUUGUUGCAUCUACAGAUUUUGCAGCCAGUCGCACAAGUGGAAUACCGUCGCUUCACCAUACAUUCAUGGGGUACAAAACAAUGCAUACUUGCAUGGCUUCGAUUAUAGAAAUGGCAUUCUACAUGUUACUUGGACUUAUAGAGACUUUGUUGAGGAUAGAGUUGAAGAAGCCACUCACCAUACCACUGCUCAAGCAGGACCGAAUGGGCCAGAAAACAACCAUGAUCUCCAUUAUAUGUAUUCACCCGAUAACGGAAUUUCGUGGUACAACACGACGGGGCAGAAACUCAGUGUCCCUGUUGACGUUACCCAAGAUACUUUAGCGGUUCUCAUUCCCAAGUAUUCAGGUAUCAUGAAUCAGGAAGGUCAAUGUGUGGACCCGACUGGAGCUGUUCAUGUGUUAGGAAGGGAAUACGGCCGCUAUUAUCACUAUUAUAAAAUGGCUUCUUCCACAAAGUGGCACAAAAGAAAAAUCAACAAUUUGGAAGCAAAGGUGUUUGGUGCACGAGGUAAACUCGUAUAUCUCAAUGACACUUUGUACGGCCUCUUACCGUUAGAAAACCACCAGUUUGUGGUUUUAGGUCUGAAAAAAGUGCAGGGAGAAUAUGAUUCCAAUGAGACCUGGGCAGUGGUGUCUCAAAUGAGUAACUUGGAUGGGGAGCCAUUGUAUGACAGGUACAGUGAAAGGCUCUCAUUCUUGCAGAGAGAAGCCACUGGGGAUAAUAGGAGAGUGGUACUUUGUACUUUAGACUUGUAG